AUGGCUUGUUGCCAGCAGGGCCUGACUCUGCCUGUCUAUUCAAAAACACUAGGGGGAUCCAAGAUCCAAUCCUAUACAGAAGGGUCCUGGAAUGUCUCCCCGUUCCCCAACCUGCAGUCUUUCAAACAUGUCCGCCCAUACCUUUUGCAGGCAACUUGGAAAUUGGCCCAGUCAAAGUACAAUGCAAGACAGAGACAAAGUGAGACCAAACAAGACAGACAAACAGAAAGAUACUUACUGGCAGUCAAAGGUUCCAUGGGUUGGGACCCUGGUGGGUCUGAGAGAUCCCAGAAGAGCCCCCAAAUGUCAUAUGCCUGUAUCAUGAGCCCCCCAGAGAUCACCAGGAGUCCAAGCUUGUAUGCAAAAGCAAAGAGCCUUUAUUGCAAGAUCGAGCUUGUGUUUCCUGUCCAUUCUGACACAGCGGUUGGAUCAGGGAGAGCCUUGAGCUCAGCUAUGGCAGGAUUUUUAAGGAGUAAAGGAUGGCGGAUAGGGGAAUUCCAGAUUCAGAUGGGGAUUGAAUUCUUGAUUAGACAAGAGUCAGGUGAAGCCCCACCUGCUAUCCAGCUGCCCACACCUGCAGUCCAGCGCCCAAGCCCCAUCACACUUUUCCAGCCCAGCGUCUCCAGCACUGGCCCGGUGGCCGUCCCGCCUCCAAGUCUGACGCCCCGCCCAUCACUCCCACCUCAGCGCUUUACUGGGCCUUCCCAAACUGACGUUCAUAGGCUUCCUUCCGGAACCAGUCGCUCUGUGAAGAGACCCACUCCAGUCUCUCUGGAGAGCACCAGCAGGAUUCCAGCUGGUGCAAGUACUGCCCAUGCCAGAUUUGCAACCUCGCCUAUCCAGCCUCCCAAGGAAUAUGCCGGCGUUUCCAGUUGUCCCCGAAGCACUCCAAUUCCCCCAGCUACUCCCAUUCCACACUCACACGUCUAUCAGCCCCCGCCCCUUGGCCAUCCAGCUACACUGUUUGGGACGCCACCACGAUUCUCCUUUCAUCACCCUUACUUCCUUCCUGGACCUCAUUACUUCCCGUCAAGCACAUGCCCUUAUAGUCGGCCUCCUUUUGGCUAUGGAAAUUUUCCAAGUUCAAUGCCAGAAUGUCUUGGUUACUAUGAAGACAGGUACCAAAAGCACGAGGCUAUAUUUUCAGCUUUAAAUAGAGACUAUCCUUUCAGAGACUACCCAGAUGAGCACACACACAGUGAAGAUUCUCGAAGCUGUGAGAGCAUGGACGGGCCUCCUUACUACAACAGCCAUGGCCACAGUGGGGAAGAGUACUUGAAUCCCAUGCCUCCAUUGGACAUUGGAGCCUUGGAGAAUGUCUUCACAGCCCCAACAUCAGCUCCCUCUGGCGUCCAGCAAGUCAAUGUCACUGACAGCGACGAGGAGGAAGAAGAAAAAGUGCUCAGGAAUUUAUAAUUUAAAACAAAUAUGCACAGAAAAUAAACAUUUCUUAAAAUAUAUUCUGGGUCAGUUGGUGUGAGAAAAAAGCCUAGAAUGCUUUGCUGAGAGUUUUCAGCCAUGAUCUGAGGAGUCAGAACCAAAUGCCAUUCGUGUCUUCCUAAAUUCUCAUUAGUGACCCUGGAUUCCCGAUGCCUCAGCAUAGGGAUGUUAAAAUCUAGAGUAGUUACUUUCAUGGCUGAAAUUUGCACCAACAUGUGAUAGCAUUACUUUAUCUUGGAACAUUUGAAAUACAGAAAGCUCCCAGUGGCGUGUGAGGACACACAUGUGAGUAUAUAUCUGGCAUGGCAAGUGUGAUUAGAAUUUUAUCUCAGGGUACAUUUAUUUUAUUUUUCUGAAAAUUUGCUGUUUAUAUAUUUAUGAAUGUUGUCAGUUUUUAUGUAACAUUUUGAAAAUAUUUUGAUAAAUUGUAGACAUGAACUAGAGCUCAGUUGCUAAAUUUAAUUUACACUAAUAACCAUUUAUAAGUUGAAAAUGUAUUUUAAUGACACCUGGGCAGUUCCUUCAGAUACAGUCAUUUCUGUUACUGAACAUUUUAUCAUCAUUUUAACUAUCUUUCCCAUUUGGUAUGCAUUGUUGUAUUGUUGUUGUAACUGAAUAAACAGAUGAAAACACUCUU